AUGGCACUUACGCUUGCAAAAAUAAAUAUUAAACAACAAUUUUCAUUUUAUAUUGUUUCUUCUGAUUUUGCAAAGUCAUCCAUACUUGCGUUAAACAAUAAGUCUUUUUCUUCAUCUAUAUGCUAGAUUGAUAUUUAUUACAUAUAUUAAUUUAAUGAAAUAAUAUUCAUUUUUAGAAGUAAUAAUUUAUUUUUAUGUUUGGAAGCCAAAAGCAUCUUAAGAUAAGAUUAAAGAACUGAGGAGGAAAUAUGGUAUCUAGUUAGAGUAACAAAACCAUUGAAAUAUUUUAAAGAGAUCAAUUUAUAUCGAAAAAAUCAAAUUUAAUAACUACAUUAUUAAACCUGUCGAGUUAUGAAAUAUAUGUCGUUUUAGCCUGGAGAAAUCAUUUUUAAGGAGGGUAUUCAUAUACUCAUUCAAUUCAGGUUAACCUGCAAAUGAUUUUUAUAUAAUUUUGAAUGGAACAGUUCAUAUAUACUAAAAGAAGAAGUUUUUGGAAAUUGAAGUAGAAUAAACAAUGACUCAAUACUAUAUGUUGGAUGAAUAAUAAAAGAGAAAUCAUUAAAUAGAGAUUAUGGAAAGAUUAAAUAAAAUAUUGACAUUUAAGUCUGUAAAUCAAAUUAAUUCACAUAUUUCAAAAUUAAAAUAAAUAAAGCAAUACAAAGAUUAUCUUAAAGAGACGGGUGAUAUGUAUCCUGAUUAAUUUAAUGAUAUAAAUUACUUUUUUGAAUAGGGUGUAUUUACAUAAAAUUUAAUUACUAAAUAAACAUAAGGAGAAGCAUUUGGUGAACUUGGAUUGAUUUUAGAAUAGCCAAGAUCAGCUACAGUUUUAGCAGCUGAUUUUGUGGAAUUAGCCUAAGUAGAUGCUUCUUCUUAUAAAAUAAUAUUAUAAUCAGCUUAAGUUAAUUCAAUUAAUAAAAGACUUCAAUUUUUAUAUGAACAUUUUUUACCAUCUGAUACUAAACAAUAAAUAGCUACAUAAUAUGCUUAUGAUUUUAAAAAAAUGAAAUUUACAAAAGGAAGGAUUAUUUAUAAAUAAGAUGAAAUUUCUGAUUGCUUUUAUAUAAUAUAUAAAGGAGAAGUUGAAUCAUAUAAAGUAAAUGAAAAUUAAAGUGUAAAAAUUUCUAGAAUGGGAGUUGGUAAUAUUUUUGGUGCUAUAGAAUAUAAAACAUAAGGUAAUCGUGAAUACACUGUAAUAGUUGUUUCAGAAAAAGUAACGUUAUUCUAGCUUAGAUACUAUUAAUUUUAAAAAAUGUUAGAAGAAACUUAAAGUUUGCAAGAAUUAUUUGAAAAUCAUACUCUAUAAAAAACAUAACUUUUAAAGGAUUAAAUUAAGAGAACAAUGAGUGUUAAAUUAAAAACAGAAUAGUUUGAAGGUUUCAAUAAUCAAAAGACAUUACUUUAAUAAAAACAUUAAAAACAUUUUCAAUCAGAUAGAUUAUUAAAAAAACUUGUAUCUUAAAUUGAUGAUUAUAAAAAGAAAGGGAUGAUCCCAACAAGAAAUAGUUUUAUAAAAUAAUAAUAAUAAUUAUAAUCAAGUCUAAUGAAUGUUCAAGAUACACAUUUAUAAAUGAAAUAAAUUACUUAUAAAAGAGCAUAUUUAAUGCCUAAUGAUGAAGAAGACAAAUUAAAAAAAUAAUAAAAAUAAAGUAUUAUCUUAAGAUCUAUGUUUAAUGAUAAAGAUACCUCUUAAGUAGAUAGAAAAUAAAUAAUCUCUUAUUAAUUGAUGAAGUCACACUCAAAAACUUAAUCUAAAUUAGAUUAAUUUCGAGUUGAAACUGAAGUGAGUGCAUUUAGUAUAUCAAAGACAGAUUGCAGUAUUGGAAACUUGGAUAGAAGAAAGUAAUACAAUUUAUUUUAUCAUUAGAAAUUCAUCGCUUUCGCCAUCCAAAAAAAUAGUUGUUUCGACAAAACACAAUUUAUUUCGAUCACGACCAAACAAAUUUUUUUUAUUCUGUCAAAACUAUUUAAAUAGAUAAAAAUAGCCAAGUGAUUGA